AUGUGGAGAUCAUCGAGCAGCCCAAGCAGCGGGGCAUGCGCUUCCGCUAUAAGUGUGAGGGCCGGUCAGCGGGCAGUAUCCCAGGAGAGAGAAGCACGGAGACCACUAAGACCCACCCCACCAUUAAGAUCAAUGGGUAUACAGGACCAGGGACAGUUCGCAUCUCCCUGGUCACCAAGGACCCCCCUCACCGCCCUCAUCCCCAUGAGCUUGUGGGAAAGGACUGCCGGGAUGGCUUCUAUGAGGCUGAGCUCUGCCCAGACCGAUGCAUCCACAGUUCCCAUAGAAGAGCAGCGUGGGGACUAUGACCUGAAUGCUGUGCGGCUCUGCUUCCAGGUGACAGUGCGAGACCCAUCAGGGAGGCCUCUCUGCCUACCGCCUGUCCUCUCUCAUCCGAUCUUUGACAACCGUGCCCCCAACACUGCUGAGCUCAAAAUCUGCCGAGUGAACCGAAACUCCGGGAGCUGCCUUGGUGGGGAUGAGAUCUUCUUGUUGUGUGACAAGGUGCAGAAAGAGGACAUUGAGGUGUAUUUCACGGGACCAGGCUGGGAGGCCCGAGGCUCCUUUUCUCAAGCUGACGUGCACAGGCAAGUGGCCAUUGUAUUCCGGACCCCUCCCUAUGCGGACCCCAGCCUGCAGGCUCCUGUGCGUGUCUCCAUGCAGCUGCGUCGGCCUUCUGACCGGGAGCUCAGUGAGCCCAUGGAGUUCCAGUACCUGCCAGACACAGAUGAUCGUCAUCGUAUUGAGGAGAAACGCAAAAGGACAUAUGAGACAUUCAAGAGCAUCAUGAAGAAGAGUCCUUUCAGUGGACCCACUGAUCCCCGGCCUCCACCCCGGCGUAUUGCCGUGCCUUCCCGCACCUCAACUUCCAUCUCUAAGUCAGCUCCCCAGACCUACACCUUUACACCAUCCCUCAGCACCAUCAACUUCGAUGAGUUUCCCCCCAUGAUGUUACCUUCUGGGCAGAUCUCAAGCCAGGCCUCUGCCUUGGCACCAGCCUCUGCCCCAGUCUUGGCCCAGGCCUUGGUCCCAGCCCCAUCCAUGCCACCACCUCUGGCCCAGACCCAGGCCCAGGCCCCAGCCCCUGGCCCAGUCCUAGCCCCAGGCCCUCCCCAGGCUGUGGCCCCACCAGCCUCAAAGACCACCCAGGCCGGGGAAAGCACACUGUCGGAGGCCCUGCUGCACUUGCAGUUCGAUGCUGAUGAAGAUCUGGGGGCCCUGCUUGGCAACAGCACAGACCCAGCCGUAUUCACAGACCUGGCGUCAGUCGACAACUCGGAGUUUCAGCAGCUGCUGAACCAGGGUGUAUCCAUGCCCCACCCCACAGCUGAGCCUAUGCUAAUGGAGUACCCUGAGGCCAUCACUCGCCUGGUGACAGGUUCCCAGAGGCCCCCUGACCCAGCUCCCACCUCCCUGGGAAACUCCGGGCUCCCCAAUGGCCUCACUGGGGAUGAAGACUUCUCCUCCAUUGUGGACAUGGACUUCUCAGCCCUUCUGAGUCAGAUCAGCUCCUAAGGGGGUGAUAUCAGCCCUGCCCAGAGCACCAGGUUGCAGGGGAUUGAAGCCCUCCCAAAGCACUUAUGGAUUCUGGGGGGUGUGCUCCAGCUGCCCCCAAUACCUUUGGGUAAUGCCUUUUUGGGGGCACAUUUUAUUCUUUCAUUGGCAGUUUCUAUCUAUCUCUUUUUGGAGGUGCUUAAGCAGAAGCAUUAACUUCUCUGGAAAUGGGGGAACUGGGAAUAACUCUUCCCCAUCCUAAUGGUCAUCUCCCUUUGUAGGGAACUCUGGGAGGACCCCAUCCCCAUGCUCCAACUUCUAGCACUCUCCUAGAGAGAGGAGCAGGCUGGAGCUAUGGCCCUUGAGGCCACAAAGCCUUAUUUUCAGUGUCUUCCUCACAUAAAGGAUUAAUUUACACUUUGAUCCAAAAUAAUGUUCCAUCACCAAACCCUCGGUGGCGCUGCCUAACACCAGCACUUGAGGGACUGGCAUUCCUGCCCUGCAGAGGUCUCUGCCAGCUCUUUCCUUGCUCAGCAGUGGCUGAAGGGAACCAAUGGCAUAGUACUCGCCCUCUCCUGGAUCCUGAGGGAGUUUGGUCUGAGACUUCCCUGCUCCCCCCUUUCUUAAGUGCCUUAAGAGUGGGGCAGAUUGUUUGGAGAGUGGAGAAGAAGAGUUUGAAGAAGUGGCUGGAACCUCUCCAGUUAAGAGGCAGUUUCUACUGAAGAAUUAAAGCAAUUGGACUCUUGCUGUUUCUAUUCUGAACUAAUAAAUUUUUUGUCAAGCUGGCCAAA